AUGUUUCCUAUUCAUGGAUCCCAUUUUCAAGGUGGAACUGUCAGUUACAAAGUCAUAGGAAAUGCUUUUCGUACUCUUAGUUUACCAAGGUGGCGAUGGAUCAAACCAAAAUUGAAAUACAGCAGCCGACCGUUGGCUACUAUGAUCUCUCCUAUUUAUAUUGCUGUUGAUGUUCAACAAACAAUAUCAAUACCAACAAUUGAUGCUGAUUAUGAUGAAGUUCGAUGUCAUUUUGCUAGUGGUGGUAGUGUUUGUCCACCAAAUUCACUACCAAAUAGUACAACUAUUUCAUAUAAUUGUACAUUUACUAUCAUAGGUACUCAAUAG